AUGGAAAACUACGAGGUUUCUACUAACAAGGCUGAUCAUAGGCGAAAUUCUCAAGGUGGCACAUUCGGAACCCCUCCUGUUUGUGUAGUAAGAGGUUUAAGAAAGUGUGCUAAAGUGAGAAUGGUAUUUCAAAAGAAGGCUAGGUUAACAAUACUUAGAGUGUUGGAAAAUGGCGUAAUUCCGUAUUUCAGGAAAGACUCGAGAAAUAUUUUCAGUGACGAAGGAGAUUUUCAGGUGAAAACCUGGAGUUGGGAAAAACAAAGCACAGAGUUUAAAUCUCUUACUCGAAUUCACACAACAGGUAGACGGAAAACUUUGAACUCAGGAGAUUCUAGUAAUUUGGUUUUUAUCCUUUUCACCGUCUCACAGAUGAAGGUAAAUGCUAGUGUGGCUUUUGAAUCGUGGUUCAGGCUCUACUGCACUGGCUUAGAGCUCCUGGCUCCCGCUGAGCUCACACAGUCGUUGUCUCUCUCCAGAAUGGUUUUGAUCAUCUGCGAGGACCUCUUCAGCCAUGAUGACAUGUUCUCCAAUAUCUAUAAGAUCCAGGAGAUUGCAGAUGGACUGUGCCUGGAGGCAGAGGGGAAGACAGUCAGUAGGACAGAGCGUAACCUUGGUGACUCGCUGGUUGGUGGAGAUCUGUCUGCUGAAGGCUGGGAGGGUACCGAAAGCUCAGUCAUCCCUGGUGUUGAGACUGUCAUGAACCAUCCCUUGCAAGAAACCGACUUCACAAAAGAAGCCUACAGAAAGUACAUUAAAGAUUACACAAAAUCAACCAAAGGCAAACUUGAAGAACAGAGGACAGAAAUGACGGGGGCCACAGAACGAAUCAAGCACAUCCUUGCUAAUUUAAAAAACUACCAGUUCUUUAUUGGUGAAAACGUGAAUCCAGACGGCAUGGCUGCUUUGCUGGACUACUGCGAAGAUGGUGACACCCCAAAUAUGAUUUUUUUGAACAUGGUUUAG